CCCGGGCGGCGGUUUCCACGGAGACCGCGGGGCACAAAUGCCUGGAGCCGCGCCGGGGAGCCGCCGCCCCAGCCCGGCUCGCCUUGGCCCGCAGGCGGCGGGUGUUAGCAGCCGCCCCUGCCCCGCUCCCGGGGCCCUGCCCGGGCUCUCACGCCGCGCUCUGCUGGGCUGUGGACGGGGGUGACUCGACCGGCCCCUCCGGCCCCGGCAUAAAUAACUCUCGUGUGGCCCGGCCCGGCGGAGGGGCCGCCCCGAAGACAGAACCCGAAGCCCCCGGGAGUCAGCAGGUCGGCGCCCGCCGUGAUCACUGCAGGCAAGCACCCCAGGUGGACAUGGAACUUUCCAGAGCUGAUGAAGACUGUCCUGUUCGUGAGAGCUUACCCUCUAAAGCACUGGUUUCCAAGUUGUGGUCCAUGAAGCACUUGCUAAGGGUUCACAGAUAGCUGGCUGGUCACAGGGUGUUGACUCACUUCCUUGCUUCCACCUGCUUGACUGCAUUUAAAAAAAGUUAAAAAUACAUUAGACACUUUCCUCACACUACUUUUGUAUGUGAGCAGUUGCAGUAAUUGCUACAGGAAUGUAUGCAACAGAAAGGGAGGGUCCAUGAGGUAAUCUCUCCAUUAAGAGGUGAUCCAUACUAUAAAAACAACUUUGAGAGCCUUUGCUAUAAGAUGGAGCAUUUAUCUGAAAAAGCAGCUGAACGGCUCCAUGCUGAAAUCAUUAAUGAAACAGAUACACCUCGCACCCGCGACCUCAAGCUCUUACGGGCCAAGCGCUUAGCUUACUAUGGAAGGUGUGGAGGGACAAGGAUUUACUCUUGUGGUACUGAUAAUAAACCAAGUUCAUCAGCUUCCAGAGGAGCAGUUUUACAUUCUGCAGUGAGCACAAAAGAAGAAAAUCAGAUUUCCACAUUAAGUGGCUCUCAGCAACCUAAUGAUGCAACAAAUGGAAGGAAACCUUUAAUUCAGAGAUCAUCUGGAGUAAACCAUGAAGGAAAAGAACAAGAAACAAUUAUCACAAAUCCAGAAACACAUAGCAAAUAUAUGAGCCAGACUUGUAUUUCAGAAUUAGAUCAUAGACUACUUGAGGAUCUGACUGUUCCGGAGACACAAAAACUCCAGCAUGUUAUGAAUUGGGCACAAUUGGUCCUUAGUAAAUCUCAGCAAGCAGCUCAUAGGCUGAAAUGUUCACAGUUAUCUCAAGGACUUAUUUUGCCUCAAGACAAUGAAAGUGAAAUAGCACUAAAUAGGGAGAAGAAAGAAACCAGAAGCUCAUAUGGUUCUUUGUCACAAUCGACAGAUGCUUUUAACCUCAAUGCACAUGCUAAUAUUCUUAAGAGUUCCAGCAUUUCUUCAAUCUCUGAAGUUAACUCAGAGCAUACAGAGAGGUGCAUUUCUCUUGAUCCUUUAAGAGAUAAAACAUUAGCCCCUGAAAACAAAUAUUUCUAUAACAUUCAGGCUAAUAAUAAUAAUAAUAAUCAGAGAAAGACAAUAAUUAGGAUCAAGAGAGAAAGAAGGGACCCUGAGAUCUCCCCAUGUAUUUUGGGCCGACUUGCACUUGCUGAUGAAACCUGGAACAGCAAAGAAAAAUCAAAUUUUCAAAAUAUAGGUGAGAAAGAUAUGUGGUCAGAGAUACGUAGUGUCCAGCCACAACCUCAAGUUGUGUGUAAAACUGACAAUUAUUCAAGUAAAACCGCAGAGGCUCCACGUGAAGAUCCUAGUACUUAUUUUUGGGCUCCCCUAGUUGAUAGUUCAGAUGAGGAAUGCACAGACAGAAUUGUGAAGACAAAGAGAACUAAUAGGUCUGGUGCUGAGAUCAAGGAGCACAAAAAAUCUUCACACAGCAUAUUUUCAUUUAAAGAAAAAAAUAUAAAAUAUUUGAGUUCUGGUGUGCUGGGCGGUAGUAUUGCCUCCAUGAGGAAGAUGUACAGCAAUGGAAAAUGGUCUGUGGGAGAAAAGCUCAUAUUGGAGAACAAAGAAAAUUAUAAACACAAGGAUUUCAACUUGUCCUUAAAGGCUCAUGGCUGCAGUGAAGGCAAGGUUAUUGCAAAUAGCAUCAAGGGAGAGGCUGAAAACAGAUGUAUCCCCUUCUCUAGUGAAUCUGAGGUUGAAAAUGAUGAAUUGGAAGAUCUGGUGGUAGAUUUUACACCUCUGAAGAGAGAGACAGAUCAGAGAAAUGAAUCAAGGUUCAAGGAUAUGGAAUUCUCAGAUUCCACUGUUGAAGCGAGAAAAUGGAUUGGAGAAGAGCAAACAGACAGUAUCUUCAGUAGCACAAGUUUUGACAAUAGUAUGGGUAAAGGAAAUAACUACAAGAGAGCUCAAAAAGAAAUAGAGCUAAAAUGCUCUAAGAAAGAUCCAGCCAUGCAAAGUAGCAAUCCUUUGCUGAAUUCAUUAGUGAACCCUCCAGAACACACUUUUAAAGUUUGCCCUGACUGUGCAAGUCUCAGUUAUCCAGAUAUGACUUGGUGCAGUGGGUGUGGUUGUGUUUUAUUAGGUAUAUUAACACAGUCUAGUAAAGACAAUAUGGAACAUAAAUCCAAAGUAUUCCUAGGAGAUGUGACUGACAAGCAGAAGAAUGUUUUCAGUCAAGUUAUCAAAUCUUCACAAGUUUCAGAAAGCAUCUCAGAGGAAUUCCCCAAACUAAGAGAAAGAAGUAAUGAUUGCCAAAAGAUAUGCUGGGAUGAUAAGCCACUCUUAUAUUCAGACUGUGAUAUUAGUGUUUUGGAUAAAUAUUAUUUUUAUUUGGAUCAGUUAAAUAAGACCAGAUGUCUUCAUCCUAAAGAGAAAAACCAGCCAUUUUCUUUCCAAGAAUACCGUGGAUACUCGAAAGAAGAAAAGAUCGCCAAACAUCUUGAGGGUAAGGUGGUUGAGCAAGAGGAGACUGAAGAAACUCACCGUGAUUGCGGAGCUACUGAACUAAGCUCUGUUAAUGACAUAAAUCCUGAUGCCAUAGAACAAGAGAACAGCCGUCUUGAAGAACAGGACACAUCUGAAGGAGAAUCUACUUUUAUGAAACUUUUGGAUGAUCUUGAGUUGAAUAGUAAAACAGAGCAGAAAAAAAGCCAAGUUUCAAUAGAUAGGAAACUCUCAGAAACCAAAAGCAUUAGGACAAAACUGACUGGUUUUAAGAGGUAUUGGGAGAAAUCCAGCAUUGCAUGGUCAUCUUACACACAUGGAGAACUGAAGCCAAGAUCACAAUGUGUACAAAGACCAGUCUCAGCUGAUGUAGGCAAGAAGAUGGUCUAUAUAUCUCAAAAUAUUCAGCCUUCAGGUAGUGUCAAUUCCAGACAGAUGAAGGCACAUCCUUUCCCAAAACCUACCAUAUCUGCAAAAGCUCAGCAGAAACCACCUACUUAUCAAGCCACAUCAGUAGCUUUUGUGCAGACUGCUAAUGCUUGCACUGACUCCAAGCAACCUUGCAAAAGUACAUUUCAAGGUUUUGAGGAAACAGUAAAUUGGGAUAAUAAACGUGAGAGUGACCUCUCAGUUUGGUUGCUUCUUCCUGAUGAACUGUGGCUAUGCAUCUUCUCAUUGUUUUCCCAUAAAGAGCUUUCUCGGGUUGCCCAGGUCUGCCACCGUUUCCACCAGCUUGCGAGGGAUGAGUCCUUUUGGAGGCACAUUCAGAUUUUAGACUGCCAUUGCUUGAAUGAUGAGUGGCUGAUCCACCUGGGACUACAUCAUCCCCAGUGUUUCACUCUUUACCAUUGCCAUGAUGAAACACAGAGCAUUACUCAUAAGGGGUUAAUGAAGUUCUUUCAGCACUGCAGAGACUCUCUUAAGGAAUUGAGCAUAACAAGCUGCAGUGGUCCUAGGUUGCGAGGGGACACAAUUCUUCUCCAUGCAAGCACCUUUUGCAGCCAGCUGACAUCCGUGGAUAUAAGCUGGACAGGGGCUACUGAUUUAGGGGUCAUUGCUCUAGCAGAAGCUUCUUUAAGCCUCCAGGGCCUUUCUGCUAAUGGAUGCCAGCUGACAGAUGAUGCUAUAAAUGCCUUGGUUGAAAAGCAUGGGAAAAGUCUCAGUAAACUAGAAAUAUUUGGCUGCCAUGCUCUUACUACCAAGUGCCUGGGUUCCAUGGCUAGAGAGUGUCCAAAUCUGCGGACACUUAACAUUGGCAGAGUCCCCAAGGUUACUGAUGUCUGCUUGGUGAAGAUAGUAAAUUGUCUGAAAAAGCUAACUACACUCAAUAUAACUGGGCUCAAUGUGGUAAGAGACCGUGUUGUCCACUUUAUUGUGACACAGUGUCCUAAACUGGAGUAUCUGGUUCUCAGCUCCUGCUCCCAAGUGACUGAUAUAAGCCUAGUGGAAAUUAGCACCUACCUACAAACAAUCAGGUAUCUUGAUGUUAGUGGCUGUAAAAGGGUGACUGACGUAGGAAUUCAAGCUUUGGCAGGGAGCUGCCGCCAGCUUUAUUACCUUGAUCUGAGCUCUACAGGAACAAGCAAGAGGGGGGUCUGCUUUUUGGCCAGCUUCUGCCAUAUCAGUUUGGAAUGUGUGAAGCUCAGUUUCUGCAAGGAUAUCACUCUGGAGGCAGUUAAAAAACUCUGCAAAAACUGUAAAAGGUUGAAGUUGCUUCAUCUCUAUGGCUGCCGCAUCACUCCUGAUCUGGAGUCCAUUAAAGAAAUCAAUAAAACCGUGCAAGUGUCUCACGACCUCUGUUUCCCACCUGCUAACAUUUAGUUGAAUUAGGAACUCUGCCUAUUGCUACGGACCGUGGCUUGUAAAUAUGACAGUGCAUCAGCAAAGAGAUGCUAUAUCAGUCAGUCUUGUACAUAUUUUUAAUUGUAAUCUCAGCACGGGAUUGGGAACCAUGAAUUCCUGAACUGUAAUCCUGACACUGACUCCGUUUCUAGUUUUGCCCAAGUCACUUACCUUCCUCGCAGCGGUGUUGUGAAGAUAAUGGAUGUGAUACAUUUUUAAGAUGAGAAAUACAAUUCACAUGCUAAAUAUUACUAAAUGUAUUAUCCUUGCUAUUUGAUUGGAAAGAAUAAAAACGUGGGUCAAAAUCA